CCCGGUGUCACUGAGCCAAGAUUCGCUGGAGAUAGUGUCGCGUGCGUGAGCCGGGGAAGUGCGAUCGUCCUGGUGGAGGCAAGGUGUAAUUCUUUCCAAGUUGAGCCUUAGUGAUCCUGUGGCUCAAGUUAGUGCCUUCAUUGUGGGGCAACACGACACGUCGCCUGGCGUUAUUCUUGGGUGCCUUCCAACACUUGUGACUCCAGAAACCUGUUUCUGGAGACCGGAGACCCUUCAGUCGGGCUCUCACCCGCCGUUAGUCUUCGUCUUGUGUUGCCCCGUUUCCCCGUCCGGGCCGAGCCUCUAAGCCCAGGUACAAAGCGGGCUGCCCUCCUCCCCCUCACACACUCCAACUUCGGUCUCCCCUACUCGGCACGGUCGGGCCGCGACAGGAUGAUCGCCUCGCAUUUGCUCGCCUACUUUUUCACGGAACUCAACCAUGACCAAGUGCAGAAGGUUGACCAGUACCUCUACCAUAUGCGCCUUUCUGAUGAGCAGCUUCUGGACAUCUCGAAACGGUUCCGCAAGGAGAUGGAGAAGGGGCUGGGAGCCACCACCCACCCCACUGCUUCAGUGAAAAUGCUGCCCACCUUUGUGAGGUCCACUCCAGAUGGGACAGAACAUGGAGAGUUCCUGGCUCUGGACCUUGGAGGGACCAACUUCCGUGUGCUUCGGGUGAGAGUUACAGACAAUGGACUCCAGAAAGUCGAGAUGGAGAACCAAAUCUACGCCAUCCCCGAGGACAUCAUGCGAGGCAGUGGGACCCAGCUGUUUGACCACAUUGCUGAAUGCCUGGCUAACUUCAUGGAGAAACUACAAAUCAAAGACAAGAAACUCCCCUUGGGUUUUACCUUCUCGUUCCCAUGCCAUCAGACAAAGCUAGAUGAGAGUGUCCUGGUCUCAUGGACCAAGGGGUUCAAGUGCAGUGGCGUGGAAGGCAGAGAUGUGGUCGCUCUGAUCCGGCAGGCCAUCCAGAGAAGAGGGGACUUUGAUCUUGAUAUUGUGGCCGUGGUGAACGACACAGUUGGGACCAUGAUGACCUGUGGUUAUGAUGACCAGAACUGUGAAAUUGCUCUCAUUGUGGGUACGGGCAGCAAUGCCUGCUACAUGGAAGAGAUGCGUCACAUUGACAUGGUGGAAGGUGAUGAGGGGCGGAUGUGUAUCAACAUGGAGUGGGGGGCUUUUGGGGAUGAUGGCACGCUCGAUGACUUCCGCACUGAGUUUGACCAGGAGAUCGACAUGGGUUCCCUGAACCCUGGGAAGCAACUAUUUGAGAAGAUGAUCAGUGGAAUGUACAUGGGGGAACUGGUGAGACUUAUACUGGUGAAGAUGGCUAAGGAGGAGCUGCUUUUCGGAGGGAAGCUCAGCCCAGAACUCCUUGCCACAGGCCGAUUUGAGACCAAAGAUGUUUCAGAUAUCGAAGGGGAGAAGGAUGGCAUACGGAAGGCACGGGAGGUCUUGGUGCGACUGGGCCUGGACCCGACAGACGAGGACUGUGUGGCCACUCACCGGAUCUGCCAGAUUGUGUCUACUCGCUCAGCCAGCCUGUGUGCAGCCACCCUGGCAGCCGUCCUGCGGCGCAUCAAGGAGAACAAGGGUGAAGAGAGGCUGCGUUCCACCAUUGGGGUUGACGGCUCUGUCUACAAGAAACACCCCCAUUUUGCCAAGAGACUUCACAAGGCAGUGCGGCGUCUGGUGCCGGAUUGUGACGUCCGCUUCCUCCGCUCUGAGGACGGCAGUGGCAAGGGGGCGGCCAUGGUGACAGCAGUGGCCCAUCGGCUGGCUGACCAACACCGAGCCCGCCAGAAGAUCCUGGAGUCUCUGAAGCUGAGCCAUGAGCAGCUGCUGGAGGUUAAGAGGAAGAUGAAGGUAGAAAUGGAGCAAGGUCUGAGAAAGGAGACUCACGCCAUUGCCCCUGUCAAGAUGCUGCCCACCUAUGUGUGUGCCACCCCUGAUGGCACAGAGAAAGGUGACUUCCUGGCCUUAGACCUCGGGGGAACAAAUUUCCGGGUCCUGCUGGUCCGUGUGCGGAACGGGAAGAGGCGGGGAGUGGAGAUGCACAACAAGAUCUACGCCAUCCCACAGGAGGUCAUGCAUGGCACUGGGGAUGAGCUCUUUGACCACAUCGUCCAGUGCAUCGCUGACUUCCUGGAGUACAUGGGCAUGAAGGGUGUGUCCCUUCCUCUGGGUUUCACCUUCUCCUUCCCCUGCCAACAGAACAGCCUGGAUGAGAGCAUCCUCCUCAAGUGGACAAAAGGCUUCAAGGCAUCCGGUUGUGAGGGCGAGGAUGUGGUCACCCUGCUAAAGGAAGCCAUCCACCGGCGAGAGGAGUUUGACCUGGAUGUGGUUGCUGUGGUGAAUGACACAGUUGGAACUAUGAUGACUUGUGGCUAUGAAGAUCCUCACUGUGAAGUUGGCCUCAUUGUUGGCACGGGCAGCAACGCCUGCUACAUGGAGGAGAUGCGGAACAUUGAGCUGGUGGAAGGGGAAGAAGGGCAGAUGUGUAUCAACAUGGAGUGGGGGGCCUUUGGGGACAAUGGCUGCCUAGAUGACCUCCGCACAGAGUUUGAUGUGGCUGUAGAUGAGCUCUCCCUCAACCCUGGCAAACAAAGGUUUGAGAAAAUGAUCAGUGGCAUGUACUUGGGUGAGAUUGUCCGUAACAUCCUCAUGGAUUUCACCAAGCGUGGGCUACUCUUCCGUGGCCGCAUCUCAGAACGACUCAAGACAAGGGGAAUCUUUGAAACCAAAUUUCUAUCUCAGAUUGAGAGUGACUGCCUGGCCCUGCUGCAGGUCCGUGCUAUCCUGCACCAUUUGGGGCUGGAGAGCACCUGUGAUGAUAGCAUCAUUGUCAAGGAAGUGUGCACUGUGGUGGCACGCCGGGCAGCCCAGCUCUGUGGUGCAGGCAUGGCUGCUGUGGUGGACAAAAUACGAGAAAACCGUGGACUGGACACCCUCAAAGUGACAGUGGGUGUGGAUGGAACCCUCUAUAAGUUACAUCCUCACUUUGCUAAAGUCAUGCAUGAGACCGUGAAAGACCUGGCUCCAAAAUGUGAUGUGUCCUUCCUGGAGUCAGAGGACGGCAGUGGGAAGGGGGCUGCUCUCAUCACUGCUGUGGCCUGCCGCAUCCGAGAGGCUGGACAGCGAUAGAGUUCCAGAAAUUGGAAGAGACUUCCUCUGGCCCCCCUCCUCCCACUUUAAAUUAUAAGAUGCCAUCCCUUGUGUCAGA